GAUACAUGUCAACUCGUAAUUUUACAUGUACUAUUUCAGCCCUAUGGCAGGCGCUACGUGAGAUCUUCUCCGCAGCCCAGAUGAAAGGCUGCGUAUUUCACUGGACCCAAGUUGUGCUCCGGCGCAUCAAUGUAGUGGGCCUGAAGACUACGUAUGAAAAACGGGAGGCCGUCCAUGCAUUGAUGCGAAAGCUGAUGGCCGUUCCUUUUCUGUCUGGAAUUCAUAUUCCGCGUGCAUUCAGCGGGUUGGCUGAACGAGCGACGUCCAUGGAGACGGAAGCGGUCGAAGUCAACCUGGCUGGAGAGGACAGUUUGGGCACCGGAAGAGUGGUUCGUGUACCGGCAGACUGUCAGGACGAACAACGACACAGAAGGGUGGCACCGUCGGUUGAGUUUGAAGGAAGCCGACCACAAGUGCUCCUUCUAUGUUUUGGUACCUCUCCUACGGCGCGAGGCCGAGUACCUGCCAUUGCAGGCCCAGCUGGUGCGAGAGGGAACCGGGCGGGUCCGACGCAACACCUAUGUUAAUAUUGACCAGCAGCUUGACCAGCUCUGAGAUGAAUACGACCAGCGGGAAUUUACCACCGAGGAUUUCCUCGGCAAGAUCGGGGAGACGUAUGCCUUCUGAAUCGUCGCCUCUUGAUGAUGAUGAUG